AAAAUGCAUUUGAUAUCCAUCUGUUGUACCAAGUGUCUAGAAGGUCGUGAGUUCAUUAAAAGAAUACAUCAUAUUCAACAAGUGAGCCUGCCCCAAAGUAGGAAAUAAACGGUGUUGAGGUACAACGUUUCGUCCUUUUUGUCUUGUAGGCAUUAUAGUGUGGUUUAAGGAAGAUCUGGCAGGACUUCAAGCAAGUCGGGAGACCACGUAAAGGUCUCGUGUGGUCUGAUCUCAAUGGCAAUGGAGAUCAACAGACAUGAUAUGUUUACAAUGGAGGUUUUCGACUGGAUAAAAUUACAUAACUUUACAUGCUCGUAACAUCUUUAUUAUCAAUUUCUAGAAAAGAAAAAAAUUAAAGCGAUUUUUGUCAUCAGUUUACCAGGCCACAUUUUAUGAAAAAUAAUUUGGUGAAAAUUUGAAAAACUUCAAGAGGUUGGAAAAAAUUUAACAAGAUCCAGAUCCCGGGCUCCCACGCAGUUUCCAAUCUCCCAAAUUAAUUCAUUACGCAUUAGUCGGUCCGGAGUUCCAGGUACUACGUAUUGGGACUAAACCCGAAGCCACGUGGUGUCAAGGCGAGCUUCUUAACCACAGCCAUGUGGAGGGAAAAUAGAUAUGUUAUGUUAUAAAUGAACUUAUAUCAACAUUUCUUAUUGUUAAAAAUGCAGGGAUAACUACUUUAAAACUUUUUUUUUUAGUUUAGCAUUCAAUGUUUCGAAGAGAAAAUAUGCCAAAUAAAAAGCUUGUUUGCUGUGUUGUAUUUUGCUUGUUCCGGCUUUGAAUUGUUAACUAUUUUAACUCCACUUUACGAAAUCCAAAAUGGCGUCGUCUUCAGUUAAAAUCGGCAAGAAGGAACCAGAAAUUGUAGUGUUUAAAGAUCCCUGUAAACAAAAAAAAAAUUUUCAUAAGCAACAUUCUAAAAAGAAAAAUGAAAAAUCCACAGAGAAACAAAAACAGAUAGAAGAUUUUAGAUAUGGUAAUUUAAAACGAGAAGUUUCCAAGUUAGCUCUGUCAGCUUAUACAGGAAAAGAAAGAGAGCAGGCUAUGGAAUCUUAUCUCAUAAAACUUGGAGCACAUCCUGUCAAGAAAAAAAAACCUGAAAAUUAUAAAUUAUUUCUUGAAAGAAAGAAAAAUGAGAAAGAUGAAGAAAAGACUAAGAACACUGAAAAAUUCCGAGAAGAACAACUGAAGAAAUUAAUUACAAGAGCUCAUAAGUCAAUAACACAGUAUAAUAAGAUGUGCAAAUUUAAGAAGAAAACAAAUAAAUCAAGAAAAAAAUAAAUAUAUUUUUGUAAAUUUGAA